AUGGAUGUGCACAGACUCUGUUUUCUUCUCCUGCUGCCGAUAUUUUCACCUUUGGAGUCUGAAGGUGAUGUAGGUAAUGAACUUUUCUUCAUGUAAAACUGAAGAUUGUUUUCUUUUAAUUAAAUACUGUAAAUAACCUGUUUCUUUGUGUUUGCAGAGAAGACUUUGAAAACCACUGGGAGUGAACCAUUUGUGACCCCCAUCUGCAUCAAUGACACUCUGAAUUUCAUCAUACUGAUAGUUUGUAAGAUCAGAACAAAGAGGGAUAAAGGAGAAGACUGUCAGCUGAUACAUCGACAUGAUCGUGGGUUUGUGCAAAAAUGUGACUCAAGAUUCAGACUCACGACAGAAAGUCAGACUGUGUUUCUGCAUUUGGCGAAUUUAACCCCUAAAGACAGCGGGAACUACGCCUGUGAGUGUUCACGCACUGAUGGAACGCAAUUUAUACGUCUUAAUAUCACCGUAGAAGGUAAACACUUUUUUGUUGCACUUUGUCCAACUUUAAAAGAUGUUGUAUUUUCUUUGUAUUUGUUUGUUGAUUUUGCACAAAUUUGUCUCAUUUAUUCUUCACAGAAACAUCUCCAGAUAAAAACACUCAUCUGUCGUUCUUUCAUUGGAAUUUCAUCUUCAUUUUGAUCGCUGUGUCUGUGUUUGUCCUCCUGACUGGAGCUGUUGUCGUCUACAUCCUCUAUAAAAAGUGCUGCAGGUAAAACCUCUAACCCUCUAAACUAACAGUUUUUCAUUUUAAAAUAGGAAACCUGAUAUCUGAAAUCUUUGUUUCUGUUCACAGAGACGAUACAGGAUCAGAAGAAUCUGGGACGUCUGCGUCUGGAUCCUCCAGCUCCUCGGUAAACCUUAAAAUCACUUUAACAUGGGAUUAUUUUGACUAUAUUUAACUUCUAUUUCCAUUUUUUGCAAAUAAGAGAGAAAGCAAACAGGGUUAUAUGAUAUCAGGCGCUUCAGGAGCUCAUCAUCACCUCUGUGUUUCUUCACCACAAGUCCACCACAACUUCUAUUACAGCAUCAGCUUUGUUGAAGUAAAGGAAGCCUAUUUGCUGCUCCAGCUUCUGUGGCUUCUGCUCUCGCAACCCCUCUGUGUUUUUGCUAUAUUUAACAUCCCGUGUGAAAACAAAUUCACUUGCUGUAUUUGUGCUCCAUUCACAUUUGAUAUUCCCACAGAACCAAGAUGACCAAGAAGACUCCGACUUCUCAGAGGACCACUACGAGAGCCUCCAGGAACCAGCAGACGACGUCUAUCAAACCAUCUCAUUGGAGCCUCUUCAACACGACGCCAAGAAGGACAACAAGAAGAAGACAGCUCCUGCACAUUUAGAUGAUCCAGAUAUGGAUGAUGAGGAGACUGAGGACGGACAAGACAUCUAUGAAAACAUCUGA